CAUAAUUUAUAUUAAAGGUCUAGAUCGACGCUGAUGAUCCCCUCGUCGGCAUCGUCUUCGCAAUUAGGGCAUACCCCUGAUCAAGAUUCAAUAAGAUCAAGCCUGAAAUCGUGUCUUGAGUGCCUUGACCGGCAUAAUGACAAGAUAAUCCGCGUUUACAGGGAAAUAAUAGAUAUACGCACCCGCAUUACAGCACUUCUCCGAGAAAUUGUGGUUGAUGAGCCUCAGGCCAUCGUGGCAGUUGUGCUCGAUCGGUUCAACGCUAUGUUACCGCUAUUGUCAACUCCGCUAGACCUCUUGCCCUUGCCACAGCCACCAGCGCUCCAUGGCAGGCUUUCGGACGAAGAGUGCGGUCCUUCAGAAUCUGCUGGUGGUAUCGGAUUGCUUCCAGAGGCUACAUAUCCUCCUGCCCACUAUAAUUGUUCCCCAGACCUAUUGCUCUGUGGCACCUCCGGUUUCGUCAGCCAAGAGCUUGGUGCACAGCCCUUCCUACCUCAUCAUGGCACGUACUCCGAGGGGCAAACCCUGUCGGGCCCUUCAUCCAGACGUGACCAACUAUUCCCUCUCCCCAUCGCGCAGGGCAGUCAAGACCAAGUGAAGUGCACCUGGCCCGGAUGCUUGAGAUUCGUCAAGAAGGAUAGCCGCACUCGCCAUGUGAACGAGACGCAUCUGCGGAAGGUUAAGGCUGUGUGCGCCAGCUGUGGAAAAGGAUUCGCGCGCUUGUAUAUGAAGAAGGAUCACAUAUGCCCUGCAGCAAUGUAAAUAUUCAAGUUUCUUUCACCUUUUCACCUACCCAUUCCCCAAUUCCACGCUUCGUUUUCAUAAAAUACCCUCUUGGACUGACUAUCAAUAACUUGCUACGAGACCCAUAAAUAAAUAAAGGCACGGGACCGAUCCAAACCGCGCCGAGUUCAACAAUGGUGAUCACUGAUCACAGGUUCACCCUUGACGCGGCUGUCACAGUCUGUGUGAUGAA